AUGGCUGACAACGAAGAUGAGCUCGUCGACUACGAUGAAGAGGAGGAGGCCGCCAACGUCUCUGCGGAUAAGUCUGGCGAGGCUAAAGACACGAAAAAAGGUCAUUACGUCGGUAUUCAUGCUUCUGGAUUUAAGGAUUUUUUGCUCAAGCCUGAAUUGCUUCGAGCUAUUGUCGAUGCUGGUUUCGAGCAUCCUAGUGAAGUUCAGCACGAAACAAUCCCCCAGGCUGUUCUAGGUGGAGACAUUGUCUGCCAAGCAAAGUCUGGUAUGGGAAAAACUGCCGUUUUUACAUUGGCUACUUUGCAUCAGCUUAGCGUUGAAGACGACAAGGUCGCGUGUCUUGUCCUGUGCCAUACCCGUGAAUUGGCAUUCCAAAUUGCCCAUGAGUACGAACGUUUCUCGAAAUACUUGCCCCAGGUGAAGACUGCUGUUUUCUAUGGUGGUGUCAAUAUUAAGACGAACAGAGAAAUCUUGAAGAACGAUUGUCCCCAUGUUGUUGUUGGAACUCCUGGGCGUAUCUUGGGUCUUGCCAGAGACAAGGACUUGAAGUUGGAUUCCAUCAAGCACUUUGUUCUCGAUGAAUGUGAUCGCGUUUUGGAAUCCCUCGAAAUGAGACGUGACAUUCAAGAAAUUUUCAAAUUGACCCCCCAUGAGAAGCAAGUUAUGUUGUUUAGUGCCACCCUUUCCAAGGAGAUUAGACCGGUUUGUAAGAAGUUUUGCCAGGAUCCAAUGGAGAUCUUCGUUGACGACGAAACCAAGUUGACUCUGCACGGACUCCAACUUUACUACGCCAAGCUUAGUGAGGCAGAGAAGAACCGCAAGUUGAAUGAUCUUCUUGAUGCUUUGGAAUUCAACCAAGUUGUUAUCUUCGUUUCGAAGGUCGCCCGGGCUAAGGAAUUGAAUCGUCUUCUCACUGACUGUAAUUUCCCUUCCAUCUGUAUUCAUGGUGGUAUGAAACAAGAUGAACGUAUCAAGCAAUACAAGAGCUUCAAGGAUUUCAAUGCUCGAAUCUUGGUCGCCACUGAUUUGUUUGGACGCGGUAUUGAUAUUGAACGCGUCAAUGUUGUCAUCAACUACGAUUUCCCUGAUGAAAGUGAUCAAUUCCUUCACCGUGUUGGACGUGCUGGACGUUUCGGAACCAAGGGAAUUGCAGUGUCCUUUGUAUCCAGUGAUCAGGACAAGGAAAUUCUGAGCCAAAUUCAAUCUAGAUUCGAGGUGAAUAUCCCAGAGCUACCUGAUGAAAUCGAUAUGUCUACAUACGCUGCUGCAUAA